AUGGCUCGCACUGAUGAUAUCCAGACUGAUGUUCCGGGGACAGUAUACCUCGUUGAUGGGACGGGAGACUUCAGUGCCGCCCACGCCGGUCAACAGGACAUCCUGCUGAUCCCUCAGCCUACUACCUCAUCGGCCGAUCCUCUGAAUUGGCCGAAAUAUAAGAAAUACUGGUGUCUCUUUCUGAUAUCCGCUUAUGCGUGUGUAAACUCCUUUGGCGAGAACAACUGGGGCGCAGCAUGGACUACGAUUUCAGAUGAUACGGGCGUGAGUCUGGAGAACAUGAACGGUGGCUCCGCUCUCAACUACCUUAUGCUGGGGUUCUUCAACAUCAUCUGGAUUCCCACGGCAAUGAAGUACGGGCGCAAGAUUGUCUACAUCAUCAGUCUUAUGUUUGUUCUUGCCAGCGGUAUCUGGGGUGGCUUCUACCAGGGCGUUGGCCAGUAUUAUGUGAUGAUGAUGGUCAAUGGGAUGGGGACGGCAGCCUACCAAGCUUUGAUUCAGCUCACGAUCUUCGAUGUGUUCUUUACCCAUGAACGUGGUCGAAUGUUAUCUAUCUAUAUCUUCUUCCAGCAGCUGGGCUCAAUCCUUGGCCUGAUCUGUGGAGGUUAUAUCGCCGAUAGUAUUGGGUGGAGAUGGAGUAUGCCCAUGGUGUCGAUUGCGUGUGCUGUCUUGAUUCUUUUAUUCAUUUUCACGUUUGACGACACAAUGUUCCCCAGAUACCGGUUCUCUGGCCGGAUGCCUUCCUUGUCCUCCAAACCUGCAGACGAAGCUACAUGCGCCCAACCCGACCCAUCCGCGGGCGAGAAGGAUUCCAAAGAAUCUCCGGUAUCAGUCAUCGCAAGCCACGAUGUUGGCGAGAUUGACAUGCCACCGCGGACAUACCUCCAGAAGAUGUCUCUUGUGCACCGCUUCAGCGAUGACCAUACCACAUGGUUCCAGUACUUCCGUCGUCCAUUCUUCCUCUUUGGAUUCCCCAACAUUGUCUUAGCCGGCAUUCAGUUCGCAUUCGGUUGCACAGCGGGAAUCGUCUCGUUCAAUACUAUUUCUGAGAUCAUGACGGAUGCGCCUUAUGAUUGGAGUGCCGGGUCAUCUGGUCUGAUAUUUCUGGCGGCCCUCGUUGGUAACUUUAUUGGAAUGGGAAUCGGAUCGCUGUCUGACUGGCUCGUUGUUUUCCUCGCCCGUCGCAACAAGGGUUACAAGGAACCCGAAAUGCGUCUCUGGGCGUAUUCCCUCCCGAUCGUCCUCGCAGCCGUUGGCUACUUUCUGUACGGCUGGGGAGCUACCGAAGGCCUCGAGUGGAUGUCCAUUGCCGUUGGCCUCUGCUGCAUGAUCGCGCAGCAGGUUUCCGCUACCAGUAUCGCGACCGCAUAUGCGAUGGAGUGUUUUGAAGAGAUUUCCGGCGAACUUGUCAUCGUCCUAGCAUGCUGUUCAUCCGUCAUCAACUUCGUCAUCUCCUUCACCGUGCAGAACUUCAUCGAUGCCACGAACUACGGCUGGGCCUUUACAUGCUACGGCAUCCUGGUUGUUCUUUCCAUGGCCAUGGGAGUCCCCAUGGUUAUCUGGGGUAAAAGCUGGCGCCGGAAAUGCAAGGGCCGGUAUGAGAAAUUCUUGGCUGAGACGGGGCGGCAGUAG